CGACGGGGCGGCCGCCACACGAAGCCCCCAGAAGCACAGUUUCUAUAUAAAGUCGAAUGCAGCCUCGGUGUUCAAGUCAUUCGCGCAAAGGAAGCAGAAGCUGCAGCGUGCAAGCACCACGGGACAGCGGGAUAGUACAGUGAUUGAGAGAAGUUUGUGUGUGUUCCUGAAGUGUGUUUAAGCCCCCAAAGAAAUAGUACAUACAGCAAAAGAGAGCGUCAAGAAGGUGCAAACAUUGCUAACAAGGGACAAAAGUGUUAAUCAAAUUGUUAAAAUGAAUGUGGAAGACUUUCGCAAAUACGGCAAGGAAGUGAUCGAUUAUAUAUGCCAAUAUAGCAGCAAUAUUGAAGAGCGCGAUGUGGCUCCAACAUUGGAUCCGGGUUACCUGAAAAAACUGCUUCCAGCGGACGCACCACAAUCGCCGGAAUCAUUCAAAGAUGUGCUCGAGGACUUUGAGCAGAAAAUCAUGCCGGGUGUCGUCCACUGGAACCAUCCGAAGUUCUUUGCCUACUUCCCCUCGGGAAACUCGUUCCCCUCCGUCCUGGGGGACAUGCUGAGCAGUGCCAUUGGAUCGAUCGGCUUCAGUUGGGCCAGCUGUCCGGCAGCCGCCGAACUGGAAACGAUUGUGAUGAACUGGUAUGCCAAGGCCCUGGGUCUGCCCAAGGCCUUCAUCUCGGAUGCCCCGGGCAGCACUGGCGGAGGGGCCCUCCAGGGCUCCGCCUCUGAGUGCGUCCUUGUCUCACUGAUCACGGCGCGUGCUCGAGCCAUCAACGAGCUAAAGGGUCAGACCACUGUGCACGACAGCGUCUUCCUGCCCAACCUGAUUGCCUAUGCCAGCCGCGAGGCGCACUCCUGCGUGGAGAAGGCCACCAAGAUGGCCCUGGUCAAGCUGCGCAUCAUCGAUGCGGAUGUGCAUGGACGCAUGCGCGUGGAUCUGCUCAAGCAGGCUAUUCAAAAUGAUGUCAACGCCGGACUGACGCCCUUCUUUGUGGUGGCUACGGUGGGCACUACCGGAGGAUGCGCCUUCGAUGACAUCACAGGGAUCGGCCAGGUCUGCCGACAGGUGUCCAGCAUUUGGCUGCAUGUGGAUGGUGCCUAUGCUGGCAACUCCUUCAUUCUGCCCGAGAUGCGCGUGUUCUCAGCUGGCCUGGAAUACGCCGACUCGUUCAACACGAAUCCCAACAAGCUGUUACUCACCAACUUCGAUGCCUCUGCCUUGUGGGUGCGCGAUGUGAUGAUUCUGAAGAGUGCGCUCAAUGUGAAUCCGCUCUACCUGAGGCACGAGCACAUGAGCGGCGUGGACUACAGACACUAUGGAAUACCGCUCAGCCGACGGUUCCGGGCCCUGAAGCUCUGGUUUGUCUUCCGCAUAUACGGCGUAAUGGGUCUACAAGAGUAUAUACGCAACCACAUGGCCCUGGCCAAGAAGUUUGAGAUGCUGGUGCGGAAGGACGAUCGUUUUGAGGUGCGCAAUGAUGUCCACUUGGGCCUGGUCUGCUUCCGCAUGCGAACUGUCGACGAGCCCAAUCACACGCUGCUGGCCAUGAUCAAUCACUCGGGGAAAAUGCACAUGACACCGGCAAAAUUCAAUGGCCGCUAUGUAAUCCGAUUCUGUGUCACCUAUGAGCACGCCUGCGAAAAGGACAUUCUAGAUGCCUGGAGCCAAAUCAAGUCCUUUGCGGAGGAGAUCCUGCGCGACAAUCAGCUGGAGAUAAGAUCUGCCCCGGCCUCACCAGAAGCAGAACGCACCAGUUCAGAGCCGGCGGCACCUGUGGCUGGCAAGCCGCCGAUCAAGAAGAAGCUGACGAGAACCAAGUCGCUGCGCUUCUCAUUCACACGCAGCAUCUCGCGGGAGCAGUACCAGAAUCAGAGCGAGCAUCUCGGGGAUGGCGCUACGCCUAUUUUCGUGGUGGACCCAAAAACACUCCAGCAGAACUUUCAGAAGGCUGCAGAGGAGAACGAAAGGGUCAAUAACAUUAAGAACGGAACCACCGCCAACAGCAACACGAAGCUCAAAGAUAUAUCCGAUGUGGACACCGAUGAGGCGAGUAAUUGAGUGUAGCCUCCGAGCAGGAUUCCCCCGACUUACCUCGAGCUAGUAUUAGUGUAGUGUUGUAGUGUUGUGCGUGGAGCUGAGAUGAGGCCUCUAACAAUUAACGUUGCUAACGUUGAAUUUAAGUACUUAUUUAUGCAUUUAGAGCCUAAGUUUCGCCGCUGAAUUUCAUUCGAUUCAACUCUGAAGUCAUACCAUUUGUAUUCGAUAUCAUCUUGUAUUUAUAUCUAGUGACCUAUCAUGAACAAAAGCACAUAUAUUUAUAAACAUCUACUGGCAUUUGACAUGCUUAUUUUCUAAAGAAAUAUUUAAUUCGUUGGAAAGUUCUUUGGGGAUACCUUUUGCGCGGUUUUAAGAUCACAGCGAGAGAACAAUGUCCUUAGCGAACGCUUCAGUCCCAGCAAGCCUGACGGCUGUACGGAAACAGAAAAGCCCAAUCAUAUGUGGGUGGAGGCUCGAUCCGUCUACAUACAGCUCAAGUCCCUGGUGGACUCUCUGAAAAUCAGCCAAGACGAUGUCUCAGCUCCCAGCUCUAACAUAUCGCUGGAAUUUGAGUGCAAUGAUAGCGGGCACAUGGACAUUGAGUUCCGACUGAUGAUUCCAAUGUCUGAUGUCGGAUGCAGGCAACUCCAAGAACAUGCUAGACCGGACACGUAACCUUGUACUCAGUUUUUAAAGCAAAUGGAGGCGAAGGUCACUGUGACCGAUGUGCAGCUGGGGAAUGUGAAGGAAGAGCGCGAUCAACCAAGUGGGGAUCCAUACGGAUAUGGAAGACCAUACGGAUCGGCACCGCGAUGCGGCCAACGGGCGACGAGCCAAGGCUGAGUUGGAUCUGGCCAGGACCCGUGUUCACCUAAAGCAGGCCAACAGCCAGCUACUGAAGUCUGUCUAACAGGAAGGUGGAGCAGUGGCAGAUGGAUAUGCAUGAACAAAUCGACCUGCAGAUGCGCUCCAAACUGCUCGAACGUCCCGCGCUGGCCCCAAAGACCCCCACGUCUCAGCCCAGCAGAGUAGCAGCCAAGCUGGCCAAGCGACUGUCUAGCUACAAGCUCUGGAGUUUAUUUCAGCGGUAGCUCGACAAACCCAAAGCCGCGCUGUAAGCUCUAUUCUAAUCUUAUAUUCUUAAUGAAGAGCGUGGGGCAUCAGUGAAUAUUUAUAUUUUAAUAUUUAUACACACAACUUGUUCAUUACUUUUCCGCUUAAACGCCUGUAAAAUCAAUCCUUGUGUAAAAGCC